AUGAUGGCAAGCGCCCCUCCCUUCGCCGUGCGUAUUGCUCGUCUUUCCCACGCAGCGCUGCUGUGUCUCGUCAUUUCCAUCGCGCUCUCCGCGCAGUGCUCCGUGCGCGGCGCGCCGCAGGGUCCGGCCGCGACGUCGAUAGCGGCGGCGCUGUCGAGCGCGGAGUCGCCGUCGCAGUCGUUCAACGUGUCGCUGCUCGUCCUCAACGCCACCGGGCUGCUCGCCAAGCUGCCCUCGCUCGCGCCGCUCACUCUCUUCGCGCCCACCGACGCCGCGUGGCGCGCCGCAUUCCACGCGCUUGCCCUGCCGUAUCUAAGCGGCUACAUUCCCUUUCCCGGCCCCGGCUUUGGAUUCGGCGGCGGCGGCGGCUGCGGGACCCCCGGAAGCCCUGGCAGUCAGGGGAACAGUUCAGACGGCGCCGCCAAUCCCGGUGGCAUCGCGCAGCCGAUCUCAGAGCCCGGCGCGACGGGGGGCGCUAGCGGCGGGGCGAGCGCGGCGAUGAUUCCCGGCCUUCCGCAAAUUGACUUGCCGUUGCCCGGCGUUCCCGACCUGCCCAUUCCCGGGAUUCCCGGCGGGUCGGACGGGUUGAAUCUGACGAUGCCGCCUCUGGAUAACAUGACGAUUCCCAUGCCGCCCGACAACUGGACCAUGCCCGACUUUAACAUGUCCAUGCCUGGCAUGCCCGACGUUAACAUGUCCGUGCCCGACAACUGGACCAUGCCGGACUUCAACUGGACCAUGCCCGAUUUCAAUUGGACCACACCUGAUUUGUUGACUUUCGACCCGCUUCUCGCCGCAUUGAGCGCCGUGUUUUCCGGCGACGGGACGCCCGCGUCGCUGGCGGCGCUGGCGAAGGAGCGGCCCGAGGCGCUGAAGGCUCUGUCGGAGCUCCUCGCAUACCACGUGGCGACGACGGCGCUGAACGCGGCGGCCAUCGCGGCGCAGUUCACGGCGGAUGCGGGCAACCUGACGACGGUGAACGGGCAGGGGCUGUGGAUCAACUUCAAUAAGAGCGAGUCGACCGCGCUGCUCAACGCGUACUCGCCGGCGCAGCGCGUGCUCAUCAGCGAGGGGAUAAGCGUGGGGUACGACGGAACCAUCUACUACCCCAACGGCACCACUGUCGCCGCCAACGGCACAGUGCUGUAUGACGCGGGGACGAGCCCCAUAGCCGUGGACUCGGACGGCAACACCUACUUCGCCAACGGUACCGUUGUGAGCGCUAAUGGCACCCUGGUGACCAACGGCACCCUCGCCUCCAACGGCACCGCCAUCCCCAUCGACGGGCCGGGCCUCCCCCUUCCCCCCGUCCCCCUGCCCCCUGUCGUCACGUCGUCCGCCUCCGACGGUUCGGUGGCGCCCCGCGGCGUGGCUGGCGCGCAGAUGAUGAUGGAGCCUCCCCCCAUGAUGGGAGGCGGCCCCGCCGAUGUGCCCCCCGCCACUGCCAUGCCCGGCCCCAUCCAGGUGGACCCGCGCCCGGGGGACAUGGGCGCAGGGGGCAUGAUGGGGGGCUUGGGGGACAUGAUGGGCGGGUGGGGGGGCAUGGCGGGGUGGUGGGACGACUGGACUGCGGAGGUGCAGCAGCAGCUGCUGGGGAAUGCGACUGAGUGGAUGAAUAAGGUCGUGCCGGGGCUCAACGUGACUGCCAGCGAGUACCUCGCGUGGCUCAUUUCAUCCUCCUCCGCCUGGGCGGCAGGCUCUAAUAUGAUGUGGGAACAGGCUGGCAGCGACAUGAACGUGGCUCGGGUGGUGCGGGCUGAUCUGAUGGACAGCGCUGGCAUGGUGGUGCAUGGCGUCGAUGGCGUGCUCUUCCCGCACUUCCGCGACUUGCCCGUGUUCCCUGUUGUGUUGGACGACUCAGACUUGACGAGGAAUGGCACGGCUACCAACGGAACCACCGGCGAGGGGAGCAGUUCUGCCUCUGGCAAUGGAACGGCAGACGCGGGUGGAAUGGCAGAUGGCAUUCCUGCCAGCAGCAGCCCUGGGAACUCCAGUGGAGGGACCAGCAGCAAGGGAGAUAUCAGUAGCAGCAGCACCGUGCCUACUGCGGGGACAGCUCCGACUGGCACACCUGGAAAAACUGGUGCUAGAGGUCAUCCAGCCAUGCUCCCACUCUGGUCUUUUAUCGUUGCAACCGUAGCUUUCGUGGAGGAGGAGCAGCGCCGAUUCGAUGCGGAAGUCGCGGAGGUCGAGGCGUGGUGGGCGUCGGGCCGCUUUGCUCUCACCAGCCGGCCCUACACUGCCAGGGACGUCGUUCGCCUCCGGGACAGCCUCCCCAAGAUGUACCCUUCGGGCAUGCAGGCUAAGAAGCUGUACGCGGUACUGAAGCGGCACCAAGCAAACGGCACGUGCUCGCGCACGUUCGGGUCGCUGGAUCCGGUGCAGGUGGCGCAGAUGGCCAAGUACCUGGACUCCAUCUACGUGUCGGGCUGGCAGUGCGCGUCGACGGCGUCGUCGUCGAACGAGCCCGGGCCGGACCUGGCGGACUACCCGUACGACACGGUGCCCAACAAGGUAGAGCACCUCUUCCUCGCGCAGUCGUUCCACGACCGCAAGCAGCGCGAGGCGCGCUUCAGCAUGAGCAAGGAGGAGCGCGCGCGCACGCCGUACGUGGACUACCUGGCGCCCAUCAUCGCGGACGCCGACACGGGCUUCGGCGGCAUCAGCGCGACGGUGAAGCUGGUGAAGAUGCCCUAG